CAAAACCUCACCGUUUGGGCUCGAGCCCUCUCGCGUUUCUGCGACUGUGUCGUGCACGGCGCGCGUUCACGUCCCCAGGCACCUCAGCAUCGCACACAGUCUGGAGGAGCGUCUGGCCGCGCGCGCAGUCUGCAAACCGAACGCGUGUAGGAGGGGCGAGUAGAGGCGAGAGAUACCACAGGAAUGACAGGAGGAAGCCGCCUUGCCCCACAUCCGCAUUUACUCAUUCAACUCACUUCACGGGAAAACAAUAACGCCCUGGAUACACAAAGCUCGUGCGCAUCUGAUCUCUUUACGCUUCCCGUUCGUUGUUUUUUUGUGCGUGCAUUUUUAUUUAUUUGUUUAUUUAUUUAUUUAUUUUGUUUUCCAAAGUUACCGUAUCCGAGGUGUCCAUGACUGUUUACAUGCAGCUCAGUUUACACGCAAGAGCGUUUGAUGGAGCUUUAUUCUGAAUGACUGUUGGAGUCUCUCUCUGUAUUGCUUGAAUAAAGAUGCUGGAAGACUUGAGUGGGACACACACUAGACCAGGCAAACUUAAAACAGGCUCAUUCAGCUUCUCGGCCCUGGCGUCCCUACCACACUGCCUUCACAUGGACUCCAGUACACACCCUAUCAGGAGGACUCUGUACCGGCUGAGGUUAGUGAGCUCGCCGAACCUGAGUCAGCUGGGCAAGAAUGAGAAGACAUCACUGGAGGAGCGUGGAUCUGGGCCAAACGCCACAUGGAACAGCAUUCACAAUGCAGUUAUUGGUGUUUUCCAAAAGAAGGGACUGGCUGACAACGAGCUCUACACACUCAAUGAAGGUGUGAGGCAGCUGCUGAAAACUGAACUGGGCUCAUUUUUUACUGAGUAUCUGCAGAACCAGCUGCUGACCAAAGGCAUGGUCAUUCUGAGGGACAAAAUAAGAUUCUAUGAAGGUCAGAAAUUACUCGACUCCCUGGCUGAGACAUGGGACUUCUUCUUUUGUGAUGUUCUCUCCAUGCUACAAGCCAUCUUUCACCCGGUCCAGGGGAAGGAGCCAUCAGUACGGCAGUUGGCUCUGCUGCUCUUCAGGAACACUAUCACUUUAAACAUGAAGCUGGAUGAAGCUCUGUCCAGACCACGUGCUCGUGUCCCUCCAUCCAUUGUCCAGAUGCUUCUGGUCCUCCAGGGCGUUCACGAGUCACAAGGUGUGACGGAGGAGUACCUGAAGCUGGAGUCGCUCAUUCAGAAGGUGGUGUCACCCUACUUGGGGACACACGGGCUCUGUGCACACGAUUGUGACGCCACCCACUGUUCAUGCAUCUUGGAAAAUCGUUUGCAGUGGUGCUGGUCCAAAACGGCUGAAAUCCCCUCCACUAACCCAGUGGUGCGCUCCAAGAGCUACAACAUCCCCAUGCUUACCCCCGUGGCCGAGUACGACACGGAGGUCGGCUCAGUGGGUAGCGUGGGUAUCCGUCGCCACUCAGCCUGUGAGGUCACUUCCUGUAUGGAGCAACAGGGCUUCUCCCUCUCAGUCAGUGUGGAGACGAGUUCCACCCCCAGGAUCUCGCUGGACCACGAGCUCCCCUUACCUACCGCAAAGCGUGGAGCCACAGCACAGCCUGCUCUAAUCCUACCAUCCAUCUUUAUCCAGAACUCUGCGGGGCCUUUACACACUCCGACGUCCACCUCGGAGACAGAUAAAGUCAUGUCUUCACCCACUAGCUGCUCCUCCAGUCCGGAAACCAUAGUUAUGCAGGGUGUAGAGUCUGUGGAUUCUGAUCAGGAUGGUAUAUUCAUUGACUUUUCCCACUGCCGCUCGGACUCUUUCGGUGCCAUCAGGAAGACGAGCUGAUUUGUGUAACACACUGAAUUCAUCCAUAUGGUUUGGCAUAUAUAAUGUUUGGCAUUCAUGGUUUGGCAUGUAUAGUGUUUGGCAUUCAUCCACAUGCCAAACACUAUACAUGAGGCAUGUGCUGAUACUGAAAUUUUCACAUCACACGUGUUACCUACGUGAUUAAUGGGAGAGCCUUGUAUGAUAACAGCACUUCUUGAAUUUUUUUGUCCAACAUAAGAAACCUGAGAAAACAGCUGUCCUUACGCUGCUCUCCAAAUGGGACAGUCUUUAGUCUUUACUCUCAGGAGCACAAAUGCUGUCUAGAAAUGCUCACAGCCUCCUCACAAAUUAAACGCAGAGCUAGUGAUGUGUUGAAUAUCAUUGAAUAUCACACUGUACUGUAUGACUGUUUAUCGGCAUUCAGACUGUGCUUGGCAAGACCUCAGUUUGGAAAAAACAAACAAAUAAAUACUGUGUUAGAUGUUUUAUAGCAAACACUUUUAUAAGAUGUACUACACUUGUGGAUUUACUGUAGGUUUUCGGGAUUUUUAUCUCAUUUUAUAGGUACAUGUUGUCACAAGGAGAAUUUAAUUUGCCUCAACAAUUCUCCAUGAACGUAUAAAUAACUUAAUAACCCAGCAUUAUCAAUUCUUUCAUGCUUGUGCCUUCAUCAUCCAGGUACAGCACAGUUUAGGUUUUUAACAUCAUAGUUCAUAUUUGCUGCAGCUUACAGGUAAAAUGUGAAUGAUGCAACGUCUAUGAACAUUCUUAUAGUUAAAAAGAAAAAAUUUCAGACGUCUGUCCAAGAACAUGUUUAACAUAAUCGUGUAAAAAUGUGUGUGUGUGUGUGUGUGUGUGUGUGUGUGUGUGUGUUUUGUUUUUGUUUUUGUUUUUUCAAUAGUUCAAAAAUGAUUAAGGGUAAAAAAAUAAUGCAAAAUGUGAGACAAUAUGAUGUAUUUUAAACAGAAAAAUUAAUUUGCAGCUCAAUUCAGGUAAUUGAUUUUUUUAUCUACAUCUCUACAGUUAUUUUCCUGGCAUGACUCAUUACAAUUUUGAUUGGUGCAAA